AUGCCGGGCUUUAUUACGCCGUGCGGCACCACAGGGGCCCUCCCGCAGGGGGAAGCUCCGGGUCUGCUCGUCACUCGCGUGGCCAAAAGUGUGGGCUACCGGGAGUCGGAUACGUGCAAACCCCCUCCGUCUGCCGUCGAGCCGCGCAGGUUCACAGCUGAUGUGUUGUCAAGCGCAAAGCCAAGAUUUGACUUGUGUUCAGGUCUGAAUACCACUGUGUCCACGGAAGUAGAAUUUGGAGUAUGCACUGUUACAUGUGGUAAGAUUGGCCUUCGAGAAGUUCUGUUAACCAGUGGAUGCCCUGGGACUGAAGCAAAAUGUAUUGUCCAUGUGGAGGAAUGCCGGGGUCCAGUAGACUGGAUGGGAAUAUCAGUUUCUGAGGACCUUGCCUGUGUGAAGAUGUCUUGUAUUUAUAUACCUCCUGAAAAUCAAUUUAAAUAUGUUUGGAAGAUGUUAAUUCCAAACAAGACCGCACACAUUCUUCCCAAUGAUUCAGCUAUUAUGAAAGUGCAAGAUACCCAUUCAGUUACUUUCCAGUGUGGAACUCAAGAAAAUGGAAAUCAAAUUGCCUCUGUAAAAUACAGAGUCUACGCAAAAAACUUAAGGAGAAUAGAAACAGGGCAAUCAAGGAGAACCACAACAGAUGCCAUUCUGGUCUUUUGCCUGGUAACUGGAAUCAUGGUGACUACUGGUGUGAUUCUUGCCAUGACCUUUAUGAUUCUUCACUGGGCUGUUGUAAAAUCUAUUUGUAAAUCAAAAUCUUGGCAAGACAACAAACACAAGAAGACCAACAAAAGAUCACUAUGUAACAUGGAAUAA